UAGUGUGGCGAAAAAGAGGAUAAUGGCGCUAACAGGGACAGGCGUCAAGCGGAAAACAUGUUAUGACCAGUCUGAUGAAGAGGACGAAGAGGAGUCUUCAAGACUAAUUAAACGUCCGAAAACAACAAGCCUAUCUGAGGCGGAAUCAAACCCACGAACUCCUUCGAUCUCAAUCCCCAAAAAUGCCCUAACGCCGUUCUCGGAGUCUGGUUACGGUGCAUCGAGUUUCGGCAUAUCUCCCGGCACAUUUUCCAAACAAGAUUCAUCUGUGGUUCAGCCUGCAUCGAACGGGUACAGCUCGGGUAUAGACUCUGAUUGUGGGACGCCAAAAGUUACUCGAAAGCUGUGGCCAUCCGAGAAACAAAAGGAAACGGUCAUUCUUACACGGUUUGGGCCUGAUCAUUUAAAGAAGUUUUUACAAAAGAACUACAUAUUAUUGAAGGACGAGAUCGAUCCAAAAGGCAUUGCAGAUAUUUUGCGUGCAAAAGGUGUCAUCAGACGUCAGGCAAUGGAAAGAUUAGGCGAGACAAAAAGCAGAGCCCAGCAAGCAGAUAUACUUAUUAAAGCUAUAGCGAAAUCCAAAAUGGCAAAGGAUGUAAAUGUAACAAGAUAUGUACUAGAUGCAUUCACAGAUGAAGGUCGUGAGGAUCUGUUUGUCUCGUUUGAGGAAGAAAUAGAUACGUCCUAUUCCACAUUUUUGCCUACAUAUUUUGAUGUAGAUGAUAUUGAGGAGAAAUUCUUGCACCAUUGGAAGGACAUAGAAGAUGAAAUUGAUCCGCUAGCGAUUAUUGAUCAGCUUCUGGCAAAGUUUGUUCUCUCAUUUGACGAACAUGAAAAUAUCAGAAGUAUAGAGUUCAAACCGGAUAAAAUGUUAUGUCUAUGCGAGUAUGUUCUUCGAAAGUCAUGGAAAGCAUUUGGUGUAUUUUGCCAAACCCUGAAGGAAGAGCCUAUCUAUUCACACAUUGCGGAUAAAUUGAUCUCAGAAACUAGAGGUAGAAAAACGCAAAAAGAAGGAAGAUCGAGCGAAAACAUUGAUUUUCGAGGAAGAGUAAAAGUCAUUCGACGACAAAAUACACAUGACAUCGGUUAUGGAAUGAGCGAAAUAACAUACAAUUUGGGAUCAAAAGAAUUGGAACGGAUGAUAGUCGAAGACUAUUCGGAUGACGAUGAACAUCUGCAUGCAGAGGCAAUGGACUUAGGAUUUGAAGUAGAAGAAGUCAAGUUUUCAAGCAUCAAGAUAAAAUUGUCUAGUCUUUCAUGCCAAUCACAAGCUGAAUUUCUUCGGCGUUUGAAAGAGUCUGAUGAAUUUGUUGGCAAGAUUUUAAAGGCUGUUUUAAAGAAGAAGCAUUUGAAGAAAUUGCGAGAAGCUGAGGUUUCCGAAAUACCGUUUAGAGUAACUUUACAGUGGCCAAAACCAGAUCAGGUUAAGUGUCUAUGCAGCCUGAAAAAGGAGCACAUUGUUGAACACUUUACAAAGAUAGAAGGGAGCUUAAAGCAUGCUGAUGAAAUUUCAAGAGCCUUUGGUGAAUUCGAAGGAUUUCCAGAAGAAAAGAAAAAUGAAUUCUUGAGUAUGAAAACUAACGAAAAUGACAGCAAAGCAGAUGCGCUUCUGCGAAAGAUUUUAGACGGAAACACCACACAUCUAUGUCUUUUGGAAAGGGAACUAAGGAAUCAUGGCUACAACGAACUUCUCAGGGAUAUUACCUCCCCUGCUCAACAAUUAGAAACAGAUAAGAUUCCAGUAGAGUACCUUGAAAGGCAUAAAGGGUUGCUUUUUGAAGAGAUAGAGCCAAGAAGAUUUUUAGAGAUGGUAGCUGGCUUAGAGGGUUCAGAUGAAGUCGUGGAGACGAUUAUGAACAAGAGUUUGUUGAGACGACAGAGGUGCAACGCGCUUAUUGAGUUCAUUAAGAAAAAGAAUGCAAUGACUGUCUUUGUUCAGGAACUCAAAAAUAUCGGCCUGACACAUGUCGCUGAGAAAUUCGCAGUCCAGAAGAUUGACUCGCAAAGAUGGAGAGAAGCCAUUAUUUUUUCAUCGAAAGACAUUGUCAAUGAAAUCGAACCGAGUCGAUUCAAAACAUAUUUCAGAACUAUUGAAAGUAGCCAUUCAAUGAACGAUGCAUGUAGCCACCAAAGCCGACGAGAGCGUGCUGUGUUCUUUUUGAAAUGUCUAACGAAAGGAUCCGACGCUUUCAUAAGUGACUUUAUCAGCGCCAUGGGCAUACUAGGUUAUGACAGUUUGCUUCAAACGCUAAAAGAACGUGCAGAACAAUACAAGGAUUGUCCAAGACUUGCUCAAAGCAUGCGUGGAAACAGUAACAUAGUUGCAUGUGGAAAUAUAACUGUCCUAUAUAACGAAGAAACAGAACAGAACUGUCCAUUCAAAAUCUAUGUGGAUUUAAAAGCAAAUCUGACGGAAAGUGGUGACGAAAGUAGCGAACAUGAACAUGAUGAGGAAGAUUUCCCGUCCAAAAACACAAGGACUAAAGAGUGGGUUAUUAAACAAAUACAAGAGAGAAAACGUAAACACGAAGAUACUAGUGGAGAGGAACCUUUGGAUGACAUUCCUAUGAAAAUGAAGAAAGACGACAAUGAUAGCUCGACAUUUUCGCAGGAAGUCAUUCAAACAGCCAGAGCUGAUGAGGGUUGCGAUCACUUUACUUCAGUAAGCUCCCCUAAAGCAAACCAAUCUUCACGGCAUAGUUCAGGGAGAACAUAUCCUACUGAAUAUGAGGAUAUAUCACCUCCUUCAUCGCCAGCAUCUGGGACAGGCAAAGGCCAUCAACUGUUUAGAGCCCGGUAUUCUUUCAACGCAAUGCAGAUACCAUUAGGUCGACGGAGAAACUCACUAUCCGAUGGCGCUUCGAACUACUCAUCAAUCCCAUCGUCAACUGAAUCGCCGAGUUCGCCAGCACCACUGAGUUCAUCAUCCCCGUCCGUGUCGCCUGUAACUGUUCAAAGGCGUCGCGUUAUAAGGUCACCGUUAAUGUCACUUUUAUAUGAUAUUUUUGGCCUAAACAAAAAAUAGAACUGUUUGUAAAGAAACAAUGACGGUGUGAACUUAAAGUGCAGUUAAUACUACAGCAACAGAAAACACGGUGUUGGUUUUAAGUUGUAAUCUGUCAACGACCUACUGUUGAUGUGAAAGAAUAACAUAUUGUAAUACAAUGAGGUUUAAUGACGUUUGCAUAAAGCUUAUAUGAGUGUUUCUAUUUCUGUUUUCUUAUCUCCACAUACAAUAUAUAUUUUUGUAUUCUUAUUAAAGGUACUUGAUUUGAUACAUGUACAUGUGCGCAGCUUUUUACUGGAUGUAAUAUGUGUUAAUGUUUUCUUCUCAGUACUUGACAGAUCCUCUUAUUGUUCAUUCUAUUUUGUCUGAUUUUAAACCCAUCGGAAGUAUGCGCGUUUAUUUAUAAAGCGACAUAUUUCUGGUCUUUUAUAAGUAUUUAUUUGUACAUUUUUUUUAUAAUUGAUUCGACCUUUUACUUUUAUAGUAUUUAAUUGUACAUAUUUUUUAUAAUUGAUUUGUAUACGACAAGGUAAUAUUGUAACUUUAACAUACAUUGAUUGCCUUUGACUUUAAUUUGCAAUAAAAUCUUGACUUUAAAGAGUGCACAUUUUAUUUAGUUGUCGGCGUAUAUAUCGGCGUCGUUAGCAAUAAACUGGUUAAUAUUUUAAGAUAUUGAAGUAUUUAGGCACACGUGCAAGCACCCUACAUUUGGAACAUCAGCCUUAGCAUUUGCUUUCAGCACUAGCGUUGUAUUACACAUAUCUUUCUACGUUUCAUCAGUUAAUUUAAAUAUUAAUACGUUUUUUAAAACCUACAACAGCAGUAAAUGAAAACACACGUUAAAGAAUGAUGAAAUGUUAAUUUAUUUAAUUGCACGUAUUUUUUUUAUUUAAGGAACACGUUAAAUCGUUAUCAACUAACCAGCAUGAAUAAUCAAGGAACAUACAAAUAAUUAUCACGGUAGCACGUCUACUGAGACGAGCUUUUCAUUUAGGGAAUACGUUCAAGCGUUUUUAACUAGACAACAUGCUAAUCGAGGAACAUUUAGAAUGAAGACAUCAGGCAUCCAAUUUAACAUUAUUGCCAAAUGGCUCAAUGAAUCGACAAGACUGUACUGUGAGUGACUUCAUCCCCCCCCAUUUCCUUCUCCCCCUCAUUUCCUCUUUCUUAUUAUAACUAGCAUCCCCCCCAACCAUCGUGUAUUUCUAAGAAUUAUGUUUCUUUAAUUAUAACAUCCUACCUUAAAAUGGCGUAAUACCCAUAUUGUACCAGUUAUUUUUGUAUAUUUCUAUCACUUCGUACCAUCAGUAGUGUAUCAAACUAUUUCUGAGAUUAUAUAUUUUAAUUAUUUGUACUAACCAUAUCUCUUACAAUGAAAUUACUCACUGUUUAUGCACUUCACCACUGUCUAUUUUGUUUGUAUGUUAUGCAUUUCUGUAGCUCAUAUGUUUAUUUACUUUUUUUCAAUAUAUUCUGCAAUAAAUACUGGCUGCACCAAACGACAAGGCUUAGCUUUAUUGUACAUUCGAUACUUAAUAUAUAUUAAUGCUGCACACAUUUUUCUUUCAAAUUAAGUGGUAUCGAAAACUGUUUUUUAUGAGAAUGUAUGUUUGUUAUCAGAAUGAAUUCACAUAAGUUUAUCAGU